CAUUUUUGAGUGCGGACUUUCCCCAAAUCUAAACAACAUAUUUACUUUCUCUUUAUUUAGAGAGCAAUAUAGUUAAAUUCGGACACAAAAGAAAGAAAGAAAGAAAGAGAAAAGGAAACUUCGGACCAAAGAGUCCCUCCACUUCCCCACCUCCAUGGCUUCCGCUUUGCCCGGAAACAGACUGAUGACAAGUGACGCCUCCAAGCAGACUGAGUGCCCCCGCUGCCACAAGCCAGACGGCCGCGUGGUGGACGGCCACCGCUCCGUGUGCAAGCGCUGCUCCAGGUCCCUGCGCCGGGUCUACCAGUUCUGCUGGGCCUGCCGGCGCGAGUGGCCCAGGACGGGCUCCCUGGCCCAGGGCCGCGCCUGCACCCUCCCCAACUGUGCCGUGCGUGCCGCCCUGCUCUCGGAGGAGCGCAUCUCAGACCCCACCAGCGCCGCUAACGACUGCCCCUUCUUCAGGGCGUGCCCGGGCUGCAAGGAGCUGGUCACUCACAGUGGCGAGGGCUGCAGGUACAUCACCUGCCUCAGUUGCGCUACAGAGUUCUGCUUCCGCUGCCUCCGUGAAGAGUGCUGUCUUGAGGAGGAGGAGGAGGAGAGUUACCUCUACUAUGAAGAUGAGGAAGAUGAGGAGGAGACUCUUGAAACCUGUUACAUAGUGGAUAACAGUGCAGCACUCCUAAGCCUUGAGGAAAAUGCUUAUUUGGAGGCGCAGCACUAGUUGGCAUCAAAUCAUUGCUAUUAUAUCCAGUUGUGAAGUCGUGAUAGCCUGGGCGAUUUGAUUCACGCUGGUAAGGCAGCCUUGGAACUAGCACCUUCAUUUUUUUCUCAGAUAGGGGACCAAUCACAGAACGGAGGGGACAGCAAGAUGAUGACGACGUCUAAGCUACACACCAAACUAAUAUUUUGUUUAAAAGAACCAAACCAGUUUUUGUCCAAAUCUACAAACCUAUCACUACUGAAAAAUUUAUGGUUCAUUUAUCAAAUGUUAUUUUGAAGUAUUAAAGUCAUCUGGGAUAGGCUAAUUGACACGACUGGCUAGACAGUGAGCCACUCACAGACACCUUUGAUACUGUAGAUAUUCGCGGUGCCCAAUAAAUGGAUCUGGGCAUUCGUUCAAAUACGCGAAAAUGAACGUUUGGUUUCCCAGACCAAGUCUCAUUGAGAUGUGGUUUGCGUGAACCAGGCUGAAGUCGGAAUAAUUUGCCGAUAAUAACGAGCAAAUUUUAUUGUGUUGAGAUUGACAUUUUGAAACAUUUUGAACAACAAACAAUUGUGGUAAUGCUCUACAAAAAUGGACAAGUACAAAACAAUUGCCAUCCUGUCCUCCAACUCAACUGAGCUGUAUAUUUGACCAUGCUCUCCUUUCAUAAACUCCUUAUGAGAUCCAAGACUAAAUAAAACCGCCUGUCACAG